CAACACAACGGCUGCCUUGGCUCUUUUCUCUCCGCUCUCUUCGUAGGCUUGUGGCUUUAGACCGUAAAACACACGGCUACUAACUUUUCUCAUUGUUCGUCCGCGGACACGCUCAGAGCUCGAGGAUAGACCAAUGGCCCACAUGUUUUUUAGCUGUUUAGUUCGGAGCUUCGCUUUAAACUCGGAAGGCAGAUUUGUCUAAACUGCGGCGCAACUUCAAACAGAAUCGACGACGAAGUUGUAGCCGAGAUAAAGGAAUCCGGUUCGGCCCUGCUGUCCCUUUCAAGGUCGAAGUCAAGAUGUCCGUCACCAGCCACGAAAACAGAAAGUCUCGCUCCAGCUCUGGCUCCAUGAACAUCCAACUGUUCCACAAAACUUCCCAUGCUGACAGCUUGUUGACUCAACUCAACCUGCUGCGCAAGCGAAGAGUCUUCACAGAUGUUGUGCUGAAAGCUGGAAACCGCUCCUUCCACUGUCACCGGGCUGUCCUUGCCUCCUGCAGCCGGUACUUCGAGGCCAUGUUUAGUGGUGGACUCCGGGAGAGCCGCGAUGCCGAUGUCAACUUCCACGACUCCCUCCACCCUGAGGUGCUGGAGCUCCUACUCGACUACACAUACUCAGCCAGAGUUAUCAUCAAUGAGGAGAAUGCAGAGUCACUUCUGGAAGCUGGGGACAUGCUUCAGUUCCACGACAUCAGGGAUGCAGCGGCAGAGUUCCUUGAAAAGAACCUCCAUCCAUCCAACUGCCUUGGGAUGAUGCUGCUAUCAGAUGCCCACCAGUGCCAGAGACUGUAUGAGCUGUCCUGGAGGAUGUGCCUUGGAAACUUUUCUACUCUCUUCAGAACAGAAGAUUUCCUCAGCCUGCCCAAAGACAAAGUCCAGGAGCUGAUCCUCAGUGAGGAACUGGAGGUGGAGGACGAGAGCCUGGUGUAUGAGGCCGUUAUCGACUGGGUGAAGGCGGACAUGGAGCGAAGACACAAUGAGCUACCUGAGCUGCUACGUUGUGUCCGCCUGGCACUGCUGCCAGAGUCCUACCUACUGAACAAUGUUGCUUCAGAGGAGCUGGUGAUUUGCCACAAGGUGGGUCGAGAGAUUGUUGAAGACGCUGUUCGGUGUAAAAUGAAGAUCCUUCAGAAUGACGGGAUUGUAACGGGGUUCUGUGCUCGGCCAAGAAAAGUCAGUCAGGCUCUGCUUCUGCUGGGUGGACAGACUUUCAUGUGUGAUAAAGUCUACAUGAUUGAUAACAAGACCAAGGAAAUCACCCCCAAAACGGACAUCCCUAGCCCAAGGAAAGAGUGCAGUGCUUGCGCUAUUGGUUGCAAGGUUUAUGUUACUGGAGGCCGUGGUUCUGAGAAUGGAGCCUCCAAGGAUGUCUGGGUCUACGACACGUUACAUGACGAGUGGUCAAAAGCAGCUCAGAUGUUGGUUGCCAGAUUUGGACACGGUUCUGCAGAACUCGACCAUAUGCUUUAUGUGGUGGGAGGACACACUUCUCUGGCGGGGUCCUUCCCCGCCUCUCCAUCUGUGUCUCUAAAGCAGGUAGAACAGUAUGACCCUCAGACCAAUAAGUGGACUCUUGUUGCCCCGCUUCGAGAAGGGGUGAGUAAUGCUGCCGUUGUCGGUGCCAAAAACAAACUCUUCGCCUUUGGCGGCACCAGUGUCAACAGAGACAAAUAUCCCAAGGUGCAGUGCUUUGACCCCUGUCAGAAUCGGUGGUCCGUCCCAGCUGCUUGUCCGCAGCUAUGGCGGUACACGGCGGCAGCUGUAGUCGGUAACCAUGUUGUUGUAAUCGGAGGCGACACUGAAUUCUCGGCCAGCUCUGCAUACCGGUUCAACAGUGAAACGUAUCAGUGGUCAAAGUUUGGUGAUGUAACAGCCAAGCGGAUCAGCUGUCAUGCUGUGGCAUCAGGAAACAGACUGUAUGUGGUUGGAGGCUACUUUGGGGCUCAGAGGUGCAAGACACUAGACUGUUACGAUCCAUCAUCAGACUCCUGGGACAGUGUGACCAGCGUGCCCUACUCACUCAUUCCUACUGCCUUUGUCAGCACAUGGAAGUACCUCCUGUCAUAGACACACAUGGACACUUGUGUUUCUAGAUGAGCCACCCUGUCUGGAAUGUGGGCACGUGUCUCUCCUCACUGGCUCCAGGGAGGAGGAGGAUGAUGGCAGAAGAAGGAGUUUGUGUGUUCUCGCCGUGGCUCCAUCCAGCCUUACGGAUUUUCAGCUGCAGAUGAGCAAAGGCCUGAAAAACAGCCAAGAGACUGAAAGUCUGCAGCCUUUUCCCACCUGAUCUGUUUACUCGAACGUCUUGUGUAACUUUCCCAUGAAGCCCGCAGGCUGAGAAGGACUGGUUGCCAUGUCAACAGCAGAGAUCUCACAGCCAUCUCAGCUCCAAACCUGCAAACUUCUUCUUUUUGCCCCCUCUUUCCUGCUGGGACAAAUAAGCUACUGUAUCAGCCUUGCACUGGUGCCUUUCCAGUUUUACUGACUGUUGUACAGACGUUGUUUUAUUGGUUUUCCUCUCCCCUCCUCACACGUUUACUCAGGUGGACCUUUGCUAAGCCAGGCAUUUGGAGAAGGAGAGAAGGCGUUUUGUGGAAGUGUAUGAUUUUGUGCACAGAAAUAUUCUUCCUGUCUGUAUUUUAAGCGUUUGGACUUGGGCUUCCCUCAAUUUUGGUGAGCUAAAUUUGUACUUUCCCCCACAACUUAAAGGAAAAAAAAAACAAACAAGCUCAUGGGAGAGAAUGUUGCCCAUCAGGGCUGAAGGAGAUACUUAUCCGUUUUAAAAUAUUUUUUCAGACUAUGACUUUUUCAGUUUGGUGUCUCAGGGUUUUCUUUGUUUGCCUGUUUUUUCAAAGAAGGGUUACAUCUUUAUCUUUCUGUCCUAGUUUUUGUGAACGUGCUAUUUUUCUGUUUUACUGAAGUCUUUUGUAAAAAUAAAACCUUGUAUUGUGAAAAUGUUUGAUCAUGCUUAAUGAAAGUGAUCCUAAAAUAAAUGCAAACAAAACUCACUUUUGGGUCAUUUUGAAUUUAAAUAAAAGCUAAAAGUUGUGUAACAUUUUAUUUCUUUCACCCUUUGAAAUCUCGAAGUCUUUGUGUAGAGUUUGUACAUUUGAGUAGUAAUUAUUUUCUAGAAGCCACUGAUUUGCACAAAGUUGUUCAGAGAAGUUUUUGUCUUAAUUUUUUCCAUAUUUAGUUUUAACCCAGUUUGGGCUUUGUGAAUAAACUGUUUUUGUAGCAUCGUAUCUCUAUCAUGUUCUACAUUUGCAAAUUGUGCAAGUCAGCAAUAUAUCAAAGUAUAACAUGACUUACUGAUAUGUUAAGAUUUUACUGAUACAACCUGUUACUCAGAAGUUGCCAAUAAACUGAACUUUAGUAAAACAAAACAA